UCUGGACUGUCUCACUUCCUCCCUUCUAGCAGGCGGUGGGCUUUCAGUCAGGGGGGCACCGGUAGAUGGACUGACCGAAAGCCUCGUCUAAUCUGGUAAAAGGAGAUUUUUUAGUACCUUCCUGGCUCUUUGGGAAGACCAUGGCUGUCUUCAGGACCCAUCAGGAGCCUCUGCUGGUGGUUUUACUGCAGAUUGUGUUGAUUUGCUCGGCUCAGAGGAGCGCGGUUGGUCCCCGAGGGCCCCCCGGACCGCCAGGCAUCGCUGGAGUACCUGGAGUCGAUGGAAUCGAUGGCGAGAGAGGGGAAGACUCCUCUGUAACUGGCCCAGUAGGUCUUCCUGGAGAUAAUGGCAAAGAUGGGUCUUCUGGAGCUCCAGGCCUUCCAGGAGCAGAUGGACCUGUGGGACCCACGGGGGAUCCAGGCCCUUUGGGCCCAAAAGGCUCAAAAGGGGAACCUGGAGCUCGGGGACCUGCUGGAGAACCUGGAGUAGGACUUGAUGGGACUGAUGGUAUUCCUGGCACGGACGGGCUACCAGGUGAACUGGGAAAAGUAGGACCGCCUGGAGCGAAAGGGAGGAGAGGUGCCGUAGGUCUGCCUGGUCCUUUUGGCCCUCGGGGACCUCCAGCUGUUUACCAGGGAGAGGAGCUGUGUCCCAGUGCCUGCCCAGCAGGACUGAAUGGAUAUUCUGGACUCCCAGGGAUGAAAGGCCACAAAGGGGCUAAGGGCGAAUCAGGUGAGCCCGGAAGACAAGGACACAAGGGAGAGGAGGGCGAUCAAGGACCGCCUGGUGAAGUUGGAGCUCAAGGACUGCCAGGCCCGGGUGGAGCAAGAGGCCUUCCAGGAAUAACAGGCCCCAAAGGAGACCGGGGACCUCGUGGAAAACCCGGUGAUGUCGGUCCGAGGGGAAUUCAGGGAGCACCAGGGGAUCCAGGUCAACGAGGAGCAAUAGGGGAGAGUGGACAAAUAGGAGCGCAGGGGGAUCGGGGCCCACAAGGAAUCAGGGGGGUACCAGGGCCAAAAGGAGAACCUGGCCUUCCGGGUCCAGACGGCCGUGAGGGAAUACCUGGACUGCCUGGCUCAAGGGGUCUUCCAGGGAAAAGUGGUGCUCCGGGCGACGCAGGCACACAGGGGCUUCCUGGUUUACCAGGUACAUACGGCCAGAAAGGACACGGCGGCACAAAGGGCAACACGGGAGGCCCAGGAUUUGUGGGAUUGAUGGGAUCUCCAGGGAAACAAGGGGAGCGAGGAGACCAGGGGGAAGUGGGACCCGUGGGACCCAGAGGAGGACCUGGUGAACGUGGGGAGAGAGGACCUGAUGGACCGCCAGGAUUACCAGGAGGCAGGGGAAGCAAAGGGGACCCUGGCUUUCCAGGACUUCCUGGUCCUGCCGGUUUUCGAGGCCUUAAGGGAGACAGGGGUCCUGUUGGUCUCACCGGCCCCAAAGGAGACCAGGGACCAUCAGGUGCUGAAGGAAUACCAGGAGAGAGGGGAGAACUGGGUGACCAAGGAGAACCAGGAGAGAAAGGAUCGCUCGGUCCACCAGGAGAAACAGGAAACAAAGGACCUGAAGGCGGCCGCGGGCUGCCGGGCAAAGAGGGCAAGUCGGGUCAGCUAGGACCACGAGGCAUGCAGGGAGACACCGGGGUGCCGGGACUACCUGGGGAGCAGGGACCAGCGGGCAAACCACCAACAGAUAGGCACAUCAAACAGGUCUGCAUGAGAGUAAUGCAAGAGCAGCUGGCCCAGUUAGCGGCCAGCCUGAGCAGGCCUGAGUCAGGCAUCUCCGGACUCCCCGGCCCACCUGGUCCACCUGGCCCACCGGGUUCGCCUGGAGAGAACGGAUUCCCAGGCCACUCUGGGUCGAGAGGUCUCCCCGGUUUGAAGGGUCCACCUGGGCUAAUCGGCCGCAAAGGACCAAAAGGUGACCAGGGGGACAGAGGGGACAGAGGGCCCACACUGAGGGGCUACAAAGGGGAGCCAGGAGUCCCUGGACUACCAGGUGAACCCGGCCGACCGGCUUACGGCACGAACGGCCGCGAUGGAGAGCGGGGGCCGCGCGGCGUUCCAGGAAUCAACGGCGUUCCAGGCCCUCCGGGUCCCGCUGGCAGGAAUGGCUACUGUGAGCCGUCGCAGUGUGUCCCUCCCAUGGUGGCGUCACCCAGCUUUGGGAAAAACUCCGAGACGAAGGGCCCCAGCGACGACUGAGAGGGAACAGAACUAAAAAAAACAAAUCAGCAAAAUAAGAGUAUGUUUUUAAGCCACAAUUGGAGGUUACACUGACUUUAAUGCUCUAAAAACCAACCAACCAGCUUUUCCAAGUUCUUGUUUUUACCUCAGUUUUUCCAUCUCUGUACUGUAAAAUAUAAGGAACCAAAAUGAAAUAACUGUACAGUCUCACCUGCUCAGUUUCUACUAUGUUUCUCUGUAUGUUUAUGUUUAUGUAAAUGUGUCAAUAUAUAUAACUGGAUAACAGUAGUUUGAUAGUAUUUAAGGUGGUUUAAGUUGCCAUCAUUUCUGGGCAGAAGAGGAAGUGAAGUGUGAAAGAUCCUGACACAGUUUUGUAUGAUUUCUUAUUUAUUAUAUAAAGGUUCAAUGUCAUGUCUGCAAGUUGUACAAAGGAGGAAAUAUACACAUUUUGGUUACCUUU